GGUGCAAUGGAGGACAAACGCAACAUCCAGAUCAUUGAAUGGGAACACCUGGACAAGAAGAAGUUCUAUGUAUUUGGUGUGGCAAUGACAAUGAUGAUCCGUGUCAGUGUCUACCCAUUCACCCUCAUCCGCACCCGACUGCAGGUUCAAAAGGGCAAGAGCCUCUACAAUGGGACGUUCGAUGCCUUCAUCAAGAUCCUGCGGGCAGAUGGUGUGACUGGUCUCUACCGGGGGUUCCUGGUCAACACCUUCACCCUCAUCUCUGGUCAGUGCUAUGUUACCACUUAUGAGCUCACCCGUAAGUUUGUAGCUGACUACAGCCAGAGCAACACAGUCAAGUCGCUGGUGGCUGGUGGCUCAGCUUCCCUGGUGGCCCAGAGCAUCACGGUGCCUAUAGAUGUGGUCUCCCAGCACCUGAUGAUGCAGCGCAAGGGUGAGAAAAUGGGCCGUUUCCAGGUACGUGGAGACCUAGAGGGACAAAGGGUAGUUGCUUUUGGCCAAACCAAGGACAUCAUCAGGCAGAUCCUGCGGACUGAUGGACUUCGAGGCUUCUAUCGAGGCUAUGUGGCAUCACUGCUUACAUACAUCCCAAAUAGUGCUGUUUGGUGGCCCUUCUAUCACUUCUACGCAGGCAUUGUCUUUCUUCUGAUUCCAGAGCAGCUCUCAUACCUCUGUCCUAAGGAGUGCCCUCACAUUGUCUUUCAAGCCAUCUCGGGGCCCCUGGCUGCAGCCACUGCCUCUAUCCUCACCAAUCCCAUGGAUGUUAUCCGAACUCGUGUGCAGGUUGAGGGCAAGAACUCGAUCAUCCUGACCUUCAGACAGCUGAUGGCAGAGGAGGGGCCUUGGGGCCUCAUGAAGGGCCUCUCGGCCAGAAUCAUCUCAGCUACACCCUCUACUAUCGUCAUCGUGGUGGGCUAUGAGAGCCUCAAAAAGCUCAGCUUGCGACCUGAGCUGGUGGAUUCGAGACACUGGUAA